GUUGAUUGUUCAAACUUUUCUCAAGAUGGCUGUUUCAAAUCUUAUGUUUUUGGUGUUUUUGUGUCACCAAUUGGUGCUCAAUGGAUUUGCUUCUCCAAUUGGGUAUCCUUUAUACCAGGCUGGUAGUGAGCAAGUGCGCUUGGAGAAGAAAGAUGGCCCCUUGUCCUGUCCUUAUCCAAGCCAAAAUCCAAACCCGCCAGUGGUAGCAAAGUGCAACUUGGCUGUUCUGCUGUCUUUGAAGAAUGUAUCUGGGCUAGUUAUCCAAAAGGAGUCUAGCCCUCUGCCUGCUGAGGAGUCCAGCCCCCAGCCUGCCAAGGAGUCCAGCGCUGUCCCAGCUGGAGAAUCUAGCUCUCAGCCUGCUGAGAAGUCAUGUGCUCAUCCCACCAUGGAGCCCAGCCCUCACCCAGUUGCGAAGUCCAGCCCCCAGCCUGCCAAGGAGUCCAGCCCUCACCCAGUUGCAGAGUCUGGUGCUCUGCCUGCCGGGAAGUUUAGCACUCUGCCCACUGAGGUUGAUGGGAUGAAGCUGUCUGAGUCCAGCCCCCAGACUGCCAAAGAAUCCAAUUCUCUCCCAGCUGGGGUAUCUAGCUCUCUGCCUGCUGAGUCCAGCCCCCAGCCUACCAAGGAGUCCAGUGCAAUCCCAACUGGGGGAUCUAGCUCUCUGCAUGCUGAGGAGUCCAGCCCCCAGCCUACCAAGGAAUCCAAUGUUAUCCCAGCUGGGGAACCUAGCUCUCUGCCUGCUGAGGAGUCUAGCCCCCUGCCUGACAAUGAGCCCAGCCCUCACCCAGUUGUAGAGUCCAGCCCCCAGCCUACCAAUCAGUCCAGUGCAAUCCCAGCUGGGGAACCUAGCUCUCUGCCUGCUGAGGAGUCCAUCCCCCAGCCUGCCAAGGAGCCCAGCCCUCACCCAGUUGCAGAGUCCAGCCCCCAGCCUACCAAGGAAUCCAAUGUUAUCCCAACUGGGGAAUCUAGCUCUCUGCCUGCUGAGGAAUCCAAUGUUAUCCCAGGUGGAGAAUCUAGCUCUCUGCCUGCUGAGGAGUCCAGCCCCCUGCUUGCCAAGGAGUCCAGCGCUAUCCCAGCUGGGGAAUCUAGCUCUCAUCCUGAUGGGGAGUCCAGUGCUCUCCCCACCCAGGAGUCUAGUCCCUACCCUGCCAAGGAGUCCAUCCCUCAAUGUGUCAUUACCUGCCUGCUUCAACCAAGAUGUGCUUAUGCACUGAAGUCUUUUAGUAGAUUUGUUCAUCUCUAAAUGUGGCGUUUUCACGUCUUGUUUCAAGUCAAUAAAACCAGUUAUUUUUCUGGUAAAA